AUGGAAAAUUGCGUUUCUCCUUUUUUUUUUUUUUUUUUGUGUUCUUUAAAUCACGUAACGCUUUAUUUCUUUUUAUUUAUUUAUUUAUUUGUUUGCGAAGCAAUUUCACUACACUGCAAACAAAUAAUAAUGAUAAUUAUUCGCUUAAACAAAAUCGAAAAAACUUUUUUUUGUAAUUCGAAAAUUAAUAAUUAUACCCGAAUUGGCAACGAGGGGGGAGGGGGGAGGGAUUUUGUUACAAAACGUGCGGUUGGUAUUUUGUAA